AUGUCAUCAAAAAGCGUAACGUUUUGUGUUUCCCAAGAAUUAGAAGUUCCGUUAAAGGUGAAGAUAGGUUCGUUAGAAGGAUCGAAAGAACUUCUCAAACCAUCUCAGAAAUUUACAAAUCCAGUACUCUCUCAAAGAGUUUCUAAUGUGUUGCCCUUUAGUGAGAUGUUCGUAUCAGUUCAGGUUUUCGAUGAGGAAACUAACAGAAAUUUAACCAUACCCAUUUACACACCCUAUGUUCCAUUUAAGAAUUCAAGGAAGUGGGAUAUGUGGCUAACACUUCCUGUCACUAUCAGCCAGCUUAGCAUACAUAGCAUGCUGAAAAUUAUUAUUUGGGAAUAUGAUGGUGUUACUAAGGUUAAGUUCUUUUCACUUAAAACACCUUUGUUUAAUACGAAUGACAAUACACUAAAGAGAGGGAGGGAGUCCCUGAGAUUUCAAUUCGACGAUCCAGGAAGCGGGACUGUGGAGGCCAACAAAAUGCAAGAAUUGAUCAAUAAAUACUACCAGGGAGAAAUAAAACCCGUCGACUGGCUUGAUCCUUUGACUUUUCAGCGACUGGAAAAGCUGAAUAAGAAUAUAGAGCUUCCUAAAGGCUCAUUUAUUCUCAACAUUGAAUACCCAUUAUUCGAACUGCCGAUAGUUGAUACCGAGAAAAUGUCAAGUGAUCUUCAAAAGCAAAUUCCUACGUAUCAUAACUUUGAAGUGGGGAACGAGGGGCCUGAUAGCCGCCAAGAGCCGCAAGUUAAAAUAUCACUCGGUAGCUCAUAUGAUUCAACUCUGAAAUUCUACGACCCCGACCAAUUCAGUAUCGAUCCUAUUGAGGAAAAGUUUAGGAGACUUGAAAGAGCCUCUAAGAACUCCAGCUUUGAUAGAGAAGUCAAGCCAGAUUCCAAGAAAAGAGAUAUCCUGAUAAAAAUUAUUAAUUACCCCCCAGGCACUAAGUUAUCUGCUCAUGAGAAGGGCUUGAUAUGGAAGUAUCGCUAUUAUCUAAUGAACAACAAAAAGGCGCUAACUAAAUUGUUGCAGAGCACAAAUUUAAGUGAAGAGAUUGAACGGCGCGAAGUUCUAGAGAUGAUGGAUUCAUGGGCAGAAAUAGAUAUCGAAGAUGCGAUAGAGCUUCUUGGUUCUGCAUACAAAAAUCUAACAGUGCGCUCAUACGCUGUCAAUAGAUUGAAAAAGGCUUCUGAUACGGAACUAGAAUUAUAUUUAUUGCAGCUCGUUCAAGCAGUUUGCUUUGAAAGUGCAUCGACAUUGUCAGACAGAUCGAGUAGUGAGUUUACUAUUGUUGAUAUCAAUCAGAGUGGUGCCACGAGCGCCGCUACACCUAAAUCUCCUCAAUCGUUCAUGGUAAACUCUGUUCAAAGUCUUGAAAACUCCAAUAUGGAACAGAGCUCGGUACUAAUAUCUCCGCUGGCUGAAUUUUUAAUACGCAGGGCAAUAAUCAAUGCACGACUUGGAAACUUUUUCUAUUGGUACCUCAAAUCUGAAUCCACAGGAAAUCAAUACUUGAUUCAUAUUUUGGAGAGCUUCGUCAGUAGAUUGUCACCCCAAAGAAGAAGUAAGCUCGAAGAUCAAAUUAACUUCAUAUCAAUCCUAGUUGAGUUGUGUCAAGAGGUGAAAGGCCUCAAGGAUACAACUCCAAAAAAGCAAGAACUUCUCCUUCAUUUAAUUGGCACGAGACUCAAACCAUUCCUCAAAGCAACACCUGUUGUUUUGCCUCUUGAUCCAGAUUACAAACUCAUAGAUGUCAUUGCUAGUGACUGCAAAAUCUUCAAGAGUUCUUUGUCUCCUUUAAAGAUUACCUUCAAGACGGAAGAGAAUGUCAAUUACGCCCUCAUGUUCAAGGUUGGAGAUGACCUAAGGCAAGAUCAACUUGUUGUCCAGAUUAUUACCCUCAUGAAUGAACUGUUGAAAAAUGAAAAUGUGGACCUAAGACUAACGCCCUAUAAAAUCCUUGCCACCGGCUCUAAUGAAGGUGCAAUACAAUUUAUUCCCAAUGAUACAAUGGCUAGUAUUUUGAGCAAGUAUCAUGGUAUUUUGCCUUACUUAAGAGAUCAUUACCCAUCUCCUGAUCAAGAAUUAGGUGUUGAAGAUUGGGUAAUGGAUAACUUCGUAAAAUCAUGCGCUGGGUACUGCGUAAUAACGUAUAUUCUAGGAGUUGGUGAUCGACACUUAGAUAAUCUUCUGAUCACUCCUGAUGGGCACUUCUUCCACGCCGAUUUCGGGUACAUACUUGGGCAGGAUCCAAAGCCAUUUCCACCGUUGAUGAAACUGCCUCCUCAAAUUAUAGAGUCAUUUGGUGGUGCCGAUUCAUUUAAUUACAAUAAGUUUAGGAGCUAUUGUUUUGUGGCUUACUCCAUUCUUCGUAGAAAUGCGGGUUUGAUAUUGAACUUGUUUGAAUUAAUGAAAACUUCAGAUAUACCAGACAUCCGAAUUGAUCCUGAUGGCGCAAUGCUCAAAGUGAAAGAAAAGUUUUGCCUGGACAUGCCAGAGGAAGAGGCAAUUAUUCAUUUCCAGAAUCUCAUUAACGCUAGCGUGAAUGCGCUUCUUCCUUUAGUGAUCGAUCGUUUACACAACUUAGCUCAAUAUUGGCGAGCUUAA